UGUGUGGUUUAGCUUACCUCGUCCAUGGCCGAACGGCUUGUGAGCUUAAUACGAUGUUGCUUUUGAGGUGAUGAUGUAUUCACAGAGGAGCAGAUGUCACAGCGAUUUUGUGGAGACUCUGGGUAUGCUGCAACCCAUCGCGGACUUGUUUUUGAACGUCCUUGUGUACCUAAGAGCCACUUCGUUAAGCAAGCUGUUGUAUUCUUCGCACGAGGCCGAACUGUGGGUUCGCAUGUAUUUGCCCGUGCUGCUGGACAAGCGUGGUUGGGGAGGAGACUCAGAUCUCUGCGCUGACCCUUUGUCAACCCUCCAUUUGUCAGAGAUGUGGGAUGUUCUGGCAAAUGUUUGCUCUCCCAUAGGUGUCAACUACAUGCUCCUUAGACACACCCUUUACGGAACCAUGUUGGAACUCCAGCUCUCGCCGGGUCCAACGUUGGCUCAUUUCAACUUCCGGGCAUCCGAUGAGGCAGCACCAAUGUGGUGCCGUGGCAGUUUUGCGGUUAGAGGAGCCUUGCAAUGCAGAAAGUGGACAGAUGAACUCCGUCAGCGGCCACGUCGCACACCCAUUACGCAGGACUCCAUCGCCCAGCAAAGCUCCUAUCGUGUUGAGCACUGUGGUGAUAGGUUUGUUCUUCGUCCAGCCUCCAAGUUAUGGACAGAGGCCCGACCACAGCUUCAGCUCACCAAGCGAGGCUUUAUUGCCAUAGCAGCUGAAGGCGGUGGAAUCAUAGUCGAGGAUGGCCAACCAGCACGGCGUGUUGAGGCUGAUGCACCAGAAGCACCGUGUUGAGGCCACCUCGACAGAAUCUGCGACUCGUUCCCUUAGUAGUGAUUGAAACGCCCGGUUUUGUGCACAUGUUCGUA